GAAAGUUCCAGAUGUUCUGCGGCAUUGUGGGUGUGUAGCGGAAAUCUUUGUGGUUGUAGGUAGUGUGUAAGGGAGGUCUUAAAAGUAUGAAUCAGUGCAGGAGUGGUGCUUCACGUAGGGGAGGGAUCGCGGCGAGUACGUAUCUAUGGUGAGUUGUGCGCAGAUCUAUUGUCUAUAUGUCGUACCUUGGCUGUUUGCUGAUUGUCUCUGUGAAGUCUCGCACUUACCAGCCAGCGCGACAUGAAGCUGUAUACCCUCUACAUCUAUCCCCCAGUCGUAGAGGCAGACAUGCGCUGCGAUGGCUCCCGCCUGGUCCGCCGUAUGUGAAUCCAAGAGCGCGUGUAGACCAUGAUCUCAAACGAUCAUUCACAGCCACUGAUACAGAAACUGGACUUCUAGAGCAUACCUCAUCCUGUAAUAACUCAGGAUAUAAUACGAUCUUGGAACUAUCAUGUGAUAGUCUACCCCAAGAUCUCAAAGCCACAAAAGUCGAGUUUCAUUGUCAGCCACUGUGGAGCAGAAGUCCCAACCGCCUGCGGCCAACGCGUUAUAUCUGCGACUUGCGAGUUUCUCCUUCGUAAUGUUCAUAGGAACACUCCCGCUGCGACUGCAGCCAUCGCACCCAUCCCCGCAGCACCCAGCCCUGCCCGCGGCGUGGGCAACGCCCCACCGGCGCUGCCCGUACCUGUGCCGCCGCCAGCUGCGCUGGUAGUAUCAUCGCCUAUCACACUCCGUAUGAUGCUGAACUGAUCUGACACCUGUUCCUCCUUGAACUGCUUGACGCCUGUCGGCAACGCAUCGUA